AUGCUCGGGCCCAUCGACUCUCAAACCGGGAUAGUAAAGGUAGACCUGGAAACAACCCAUCCCAACGACUUCGCAGUUCUUGUGGAGGGGCUGCCUCCAUCCGCAAAGGAAGAGGCGGACAUCCGGGAGUUCUUUCAGAAGAACGCCAUCAAAGGACGAUCCAACGUGGAGGUCGUGAAGGUGGUGAUUGGCUGGAACCUCACGCAGUUUGAGAAAACGGCCAGCGAGCUGAAGGGCCUUCGAGAGGAGAGACGCAAGUUGAGGGCGAACGGGGAGCCCUGUGACCAGGUCACGAUGCGCAUCGAGGCGGAGCCGUAG